UGGAGUAAUAAGCAAUGCUAAUGAAUCUGGAGGACCCGCACAUUGACAUCAAGUUCUUGUAUUAACGAAUAACGAUGCAGUGAGGUGAGACUUGAAAAACAGAAGCUGAAUCAGAUCGGACUCAGACUAAGACUUGAACGCGGUUGCAUUAUAUUCCACCUAUUACGGUGCACCCGCACCACACGAUUCUUCUCCACCACCAUUCCGCCACGCUGCAACGGUGAGUAACCGCCGUACCUGUAAAGAAAUCGAUCCGAAUGAGGGAUCAGAAUCUUGAGCUGCAGGAAUCGGGUUGGGAGGAGCUUCGAAAGGAAGCUCGCAAGAUCGAAGGCGAUCUCGACGUCAAGCUCUCUUCCUACGCCAAACUCGGCACAAGGUUCACCCAAGGACAAUCACCAGGUUACGUGGAUGGAAGCUCACCAUCUCUUGGGUCCAGUAGGUCCUGGAAGUCCAUGGAAAUGGAAAUCCAAUCCUUGCUCGAGAAACUAUUGGACAUAAAUGAUUCAAUGAGCAGAUGUGCUGCAUCUGCUGGGCCAGCUACUUCUGUAACUCAAAAGUUGGCUAGGCACAGAGAUAUUCUUCAUGAGUUCACACAGGAAUUCAGACGUAUCAAGGGGAACAUAAACUCAAUGAGGGAACAUGCUGAACUUUUGAGUUCUGUCAGGGAUGAUAUUACUGAUAUUAAGACAUCGGGUAGUAUGUCACCAAGGAAUCAAUUAUUACGGGAGAGAGCUGCCAUCCAUGGAAGUAUAUCUCAUAUAGAUGAUGUGAUUAGUCAAGCUCAAGCAACAAGAGCAGUCUUAGGUUCUCAAAGAGCAUUGUUCGGUGAUGUUCAAGGAAAAGUGAAACUUCUCGGUGACAAGUUCCCCGUUAUUCGUACCCUACUUGUUUCAAUUAGAAGGAAGCGCUCAAGGGAUACCCUUAUUCUGUCGGCAGUAAUUGCAGCUUGUACGUUGUUCAUCAUCAUCUACUGGCUUUCAAAGUAAUAAGACACAAAACACUAUAAUCAUGGUCCAUGAGUCCAUCUAUAUAUUGAUUGUCCCUAAUCUUUGAAGGAGUGGGGAUACUAAGCUUUAUUUCAUUCUCUAGGAGCCUUGUUUUUUGUAUGUUAGUUGUUUAACUAUUGAAAAUAUGUUAUGAAUCUUGGACGAGUUUUGAUAUAAAUCAAUAUCAGAUAGUAAAAUUUCGUUGAUCUCCAACGUUUUGUCAA